CGCGGGGCCCGCUGCGGGACGGCCUCACCUUCCAGGAUGAAGAACCCAAUGCUGGAGGUGGUGUCCCUGCUCCUGGAAAAGCUGCUUCUCCUCUCCAAUCUCAAACUGUUCAGCUGGAGCGCGGCCCCCGGGGAGGAGCGGCAGCCGCAGCCGCAGCAGCAGCAGCAGCAGGGCAAGGGGAACUUCUACGACAUCGGCUCCUUUCUCCGCGGCGACGUACUAGAGGUACCCCGGACUCAUCUGACCCACUACGGCAUCUACCUGGGGGACAAUCAGGUGGCUCACUUGAUGCCCGACAUCCUGCUAGCGCUGACAGACGACAAGCUGCUGACCCAGCGGGUGGUGUCCAAUAAGAGGCUGAUCUUGGGAGUCAUCGGCAAGGUUGCCAGCAUCCGGGUGGACACGGUGGAGGACUUUGCCUACGGCGCCAACAUUCUGGUCAACCACCUGGAUGAGUCGCUCCAAAAAAAGGCGCUGGGCAACGAGGAGGUAGCACGCCGGGCAGAGAAGCUGCUGGGCAUGACCUCCUAUAGUCUCCUGUGGAACAACUGCGAGCACUUUGUGACCUACUGUAGAUACGGUGCCCCAAUCAGCCCCCAGGCAGACAAGUUUUGCGAGAAUGUGAAGAUAAUAAUCCGGGACCAGAGAAGUGUCCUUGCUUCAGCCAUCCUGGGACUGGCAUCAAUAGUCUGCCUAGGCUUGGCACCUCAUACUACCCUUCCUGCCAUUUUUAUUCCAUUCUGCUUAUGGAUGGCUGGCUAAAUGUACACCAACCCUGUGUCAGUGUGUGUAUUCUAAAUCUAUGAUAUAUUUAUAGAGCACAAAUCAGUAUAAGCAUUGUGUAAAGAAAAAAAAUGUGACCUGUGACAUUGUGUUCUGGAUAAAGAUGUGAUUAAGAAUCACACAAAGUGCUUACUGUGUAAAGCCAAAGAGCCAGGCUGGCUUUCUGAAUCUUUUUCAGGCAGCUAAGUUUUGUAAAGCACCUUCCAAACCCUGGAAACACAGCAUCUCGUGACCAAGUACUAUAAAACUACUUUCUUACCAAGACAGACACAACAACACAGGAGAGGACUGGUGAUAUUUUGGUUUUUUUCUUGCUCUUGUAAUUACUGCUCUUUUAUGUCAAGCCUACAUUGGAGGGUUAAAAAGGUUCUGAUGUCUAGUGCAAACUGUUACUCUCAUUACUGUUGUAAGUUCAAUGUAGGUUAUAGGAAUGAGACAGGAUAAUAAACUAAAAACCAUUCCCCUGAUUCAGAAGGAAAUGUCCAUAUGUUUUUCAUUAUGUUUUCUUUUCUGUGAAGUGUCCCUGCAGUCAACUGAAAUCAUUUGAGCUUGAUAGAGGAUGUAAGUUUGAAGUAAUUUGGGUAAGGAGGCCUAUAAAUUAAGCAUGCCAGCAUAUCAAAGGGAAGAUGAACCUUCAGCAUGUGGCUUGUUCAUCCUUCUCAUAAUAGAACCAAGAUGGAAACAAAUUUGUACACCAUUAUUUGGAGUUCAUGAAGAUUCUGUUUCUUCUUGAACCCUUCUGGUUAACCUAGGUAACGAGUUGUUUUCAGUGGUGUUGAACUCUUCCUCACUCCAUUCAGGGUUUUCUUGGCAGAGAUGCUAAAGUGGUUUGCCAUUUCCUUCUCCAGCUCAUUUUACAG